AUGAUGUGUCCGGGAGAAACAGUGACGAUCCAGAGAUCUCUUCGGUAUACGGAGCAUGUCAUUACGUCUUCGAUGUUUUUGAUCUGCACUGUCUAUGCGCGAUUGGAUCCUAAAAGUGCCCGGGGCUGGGGGUACAUGCGCAAGCGGCCGCGUAUAGCCGGUCAAGGAGUAGGCACAAGAUGUCGCCUCCUCGUGUCACUUCGUCGCUCCCGCACGGAAAGUUAUCAGGAAUUGGCCUGGAUGAUAGUGGACGUGGAGGCAGUGGGCACCUGCGUGAGUUCUGCUCGAGUAGAAGUAGCUCCACCCUGCACUUUUGCUUACCUCAAGGUUUGUCGAGCGCUGCCAGUAUCAUAGAAAUACUGGCAGACCACGGCUCUACGGUCAUCAUGAACGACGGCAACAGGGACAACAGCAUGCAAAAUCCCUGUGGGGCAUCCAAAUCACGAAACACCCGUAGGAGACAAAAAUACAAAACGGAAAAAUGAAGGCUC